CGCGUCGCGUACUACUGCCGUCGGGGCGCGAAGCCACUGAGCUACUGCAUACCCGGCGCCGGUCGUGCGUAUUUGCGUCCAUUACCGACAAUUGGGACAGCGAGGAUGAGACAGAUGGCAGUGAAGAUGCCUUCUCGAUGGACUGCGAUGCACUCUGCGAUGACGAAGACGAAGAUGUCGACAUGGCGUUCUCAAUAUCUGAGCACCUGGAGCGCGCCCACGCCGCCCGGGUGCUUCAGCGGACGUACCACCUUUGGCGACGACGCGCCACCAAGUGCCAUGUCCAGUCAAUGAUGGUCCGCGGUCCGUCCCCGCGCCCAUUGAAGCGAAAGCGGUCUGAAAGUUUUGCAGCGCCGAGCGACUUUGUGUGGCACAGCCGUGCGAUUGCGCAAAAGCUUCUCGAGCCGACCGACUUGCAGCGAUUCCGGACGCUCAUGUCGACGUCGUAGUUGUCCCUCCAUGCUUUGUACGUCAAACUAUAAUAGAGCGUUCCGU